AUGGAAUCACAGGAUGAAUCUCAUGAUGCAAAAAUUUUAAAACUCGCAACAGUAGCAGAGAAUAUAAAUAUUCAUAAUUUGUAUAGUGGAACAAUAAUAUGGGAUAAAAUGCCUUUAUCAGAUAUUAAAAUUCUUGCUGAUUAUCUUUUUUCAAAAGAUAAUGUUUUUACAUUAAAAGAAGGAGCUUUUUAUUUUGCCUCAUCACUUAUCCAUGAACAAAUACAUAUUCAAUUAACUAAAAUGGAUUUAAAAGAUCCAAAACAAAAAUAUCAACAAAGACAAAAUGCUUAUAAUUAUGUAUUAGAUCAUAUUUCUAAAAAAUGUGAAACAGAUGAAGGAACUAAAUUUAUUUAUCAAUGGUUAGCUGAACUUUACAAAGAUAUUGUUUAUUUUAAUACAAAUAAAAAAAAUACUGAUGUCAAACAAGCAUCUACAGGACAAUAUUAUAAUUCAUCUAAAGCAUUAGGACAGCUAAAUACUUUGUUUGUUAAAGUUGCUAAGGAUGUUUUGGCUAGUGAUAAGGAUCAUUAUGUCAAAUAUUUAAUUGAAAUGGGAAAAAAUCAAAAAUUUGUUUUAAAUCCACUUGUUAAAUUAUUUUAUGAUCCUUCAAUAUGUGAAUUAUCACAACAUCUUUUAUGGGAAUAUGGUAGUAAAAGUUUUUAUCAAAGUUAUAAAGAAGGUUUUCUUAGUACAGAAACUCCACAAGAAUGGCAUGCUUUUAUUUUAUUUAUGGAACAUUUUUUAAAGAUAAAUUCUUUAGCCAAAGAACCAUCGUUAAGGAAUAUUUUGUAUGAUUCUUUAAAUGGUGUUAAUGUUUACCUUGAAUCAUCACCUGAAGCUACUUUUGUAUUUCUUAUACGUGUCUUUGCAACCAGUUCCUCAUUACUUCAAAGUAUUUUUCCAAAAUUGAUGAAUGAUCUUACGGCAGAUUCUGUGAUAAAAAUUUAUAGAUAUUUUCAUUUUAUUGCAAUUAAAUUACCUGCAAAAGAUAUUUAUUAUCAUGAUUUAAUAUCAAAGUAUUUUGAUGUUUUUGAAAAAAAGACAUUCUUUGUUGUUUUGGAUGCUAUUAUAAAAUUAUUAAUGAAUCCUAAGGUGUAUCAGGAGAAAUAUUCAUUUGAAGAAAAUGAAUUUUUACAUUUAAUUGAUGGAUGUUUUAAAGUAGCUUCAGAAAUAGUUAAUGGAGUUUUGGAGAUUGUUUAUUUUAAAGGUAAAGAUAUCAAAAGUUGUGAUACUCAAAUUGAUCGCUUUGAAUUUUUUAAUGAUAUUUCUAAACCAAAUGGAAAGUUAGAUAAAAUGUUAAAAAUUAUGAUAACAAGUGAUACAUUGGGUAAACUUUUUACACCACUUCUUCAUGCUUUUUGUGUAAAUGAUUAUACUAAUCUUGGUAUGGAUAUUGUUUCAAAAGGAUUAUUUAUACCAAAAAAUGUAAAUGAUCUCAAAAGAUAUUUAGCAUUGGUUGUGGCUAAUCAAAUUAUUUACCCUGAUGUACUUGUUGAUGCAAUUAGAUAUACAAGAAAAAAUUUUGAUCGUCUUAUGAGAGAUUUUGGUGAUGAUGCUAUUGAUUAUAGAAUACAAAUGUUAAAAAAUAUGGUUCAUUUAAAGAAAUGGCAUGAUAAUGUUAAAGGAACAACUAAUGUAAAAUAUUUAAAAAUGGAAUUAUUAGAAGUUACUUGUAAUGUAAUAACUGUAGCAUUUUUUUCAGCAUCUUCUAUAGAAGAAAUUGUCUAUAAAUAUGAUCAAGAUGGUACAAAAACAUUAGAUUUAGAUAUUUUUAAUAAUUUAGUUAAUUCAUUAUGUGGUAUUGCAAAUGAAUUUAAAACUGAUAUGUUAAUACAAAUUGAACAGACAUAUGAAUGGACAAAAUGGAUGUGUAAAAUUUUAACAAAAGUUUUAUUAAUGAUUGAAGAUGAAACAACAAGUGUUGAUGUAACAACAGCUUUUGAUAGACUUUUUUCAAGUUUUCUUCUAUUAUUAAAAGAUCAAACAUACAUGGUUAAAGUAUCUUUUUAUGUUUCUGUUAUUAGUGAUAUCCUUGUUAAUUCACAUAGAUUAUUUAAAACUGAUCUUUACUAUGAAAAUGAAUUAAAGGAAGCUUCAUUAUCUCAUGAAUGUUGUUCUAUUAUUGCUGAGAUGGCUGAAAAUGAUACAGAAACAUCAACUUUAUAUUAUUUAAGGAAAAGUAAAGAUUUAGUUGUUAAAAAAAAACUUCAUAAUAUGGUACAUGGAGGACAAUUAUCAAGAUCAAAACCUUUUGACAAAGAUAUUUGGAAUAAUUAUGCCAUAAUGCAUAGGAAAGAUUUCUUUUUUUCAUAUUACCUUGAUGCUAUUCAUUCAAUAGAACCAAGUAUUGAAGUUAGAAGAGAUGUUAUUAGACUUUUAUGUGAAGCUGUCUGUGGAAAUUUAGCUCCAUCCUUAACAAUAUCAUGGGUUGAGUGGGAAUUUGAAAAACCUUUAGCUGAUAGUCAUAUAAAAAUAUAUAAUAAUUUUAGAAAAUUUUAUUGGAUUGAAGAUUUUUUAAUUGGUUUAUCAAAAGGGUGCCCAGGUUUAUUGUGGCAUUUUGUACCAGUUUUUAGGUCUUUUUUUGCAAAUAUAAUGUUUAAAUUAGAAUCAUUUCCUGAUAAAAAAAUGACAGUUAUACCAUCAAUACUUAAAUUAAUUGAUGAAUUAUUUGUUUUAUUAUCAAUAGGAGAAAUAUUACCUUUACAUAUGGAGUAUAUUUAUGAAAUGUUUACUGUAUGUACAAUUCAUGAAACAUAUUUAGUUAUGAGUGAUAUAUGGAAAGUAAUAUUAAAAAUGGUAAAUUUAUGGAAUAUAACAGAAGUUAAAGAUAGGAAUCAGGAGAGGAAGCUUCCUAAACCAGAUAUUAAAAGCUUAUCAUUAAAUUUAAUUUAUAUAAUACAAAAAUAUGAUAAACAACUAGGAUACCUAUUACCGGUACUUGAAGAUUGUCAAUUAUUGUACUUUGAAGAUGAUGAUAUGUCACCAGAAAACUUUAAAGGUAGAGAUCAUCCACAAUUUUCAGCUUAUACUGAAUUUAUACGUGUAGAUAAAAGAAAAUAA